GCCGGUAUGGCGAGCCCAGAAAAAGCAAAGCCGCGGCCAAGGCGACGGCCGGCAAGAAAACGCCCACGACCUCACUAUCUCCGCCCCGGCGGCUAUAUUUGGUACUACCCGUGACACGAAUAUGUGGGGACCACUGGCGUUCAGUUAUUUGUGUACGUACUACGGCUUGGUGACUGGGGAGUUUCGAGACGCUCUAAAGCGGGCCUGGAAAACACCGGUGGGGACUUUGGCUUUUCCUCCGACGGAGAUUCGGCGCGACAUAGCAGAACGGGCUUCCGAGGCGCUGCUUAUGCUCCGUGUUGAUGACGCGGGUCGCGUCGCGUGUCAUGGGGUCGAGGCGAACAAGGACUCCAGUGAUCGUGUUUGGAAAGACCUGCGGAGAGCGAGAUUCUGGGAAGCGGCGACAGCAAGCCAUCUAGAGGAUAUAGAAGCUUUGUUGUCGUCGGGCGUCGAUGGUAGGGGGCCCGUACGCUUUUUUAAUCGGAAGGGGAGGCUAGCGGAGAUCACAGCGAGUCGGGUGCAAAACGAGCGCAACGAGCCCGCGGGCAAUUACCUAUGUCGCAGAGAUGGGGGAGGUGGACGCAGGGAAGUGCCCCGGACUCUAGUGCCCAUGUCUCAGGCCGACCUUCGCCUUGGGUUCGAGGGGCUGAAGAGCGCUCUGGCCGAGACGGUGGAGGAUAUCAACAAGACAGUGGACAACCGUUUGAGAAGGCUGAACGUCGCGCAGAGCAGCAGUGUUGCCGGGCCGGUGCCGGGGAUGACGGGUGGGCAGAGGCGCCCCGCCACUUCGGGGCGCUGCAGGCUAUCGUCAUGCAAAAUCUCCUAAUUUUUUCUACCGCGAUCGCCUUUCGAAGAUUUUGUGUACAACUACAAUAACAAUAACCAAUAUAAAAGGAGCACUGCUCCGAAGCAGAACUUUUGGUCGUAGCAAGGUUGACUUGAAACCUACCGGAGCUUUAUUGCGCGCCGCUUCGUGUUUUAUUUUUUCUGGCCUAAGCCAUUCAUAAGUAAAAGUAACCUAGCCAGGUCUUGUUUUUCUUUUUUGUCGAAGAAGCUCCGACAACGUGGGGCGAAAGAAAGACCAUUCCCGAACGGUUUUCAACGGUCGGUGCAGUGGAGUCGUAAUUACCAUAGAGCAGCAUAGUGACAUUUUGAGUAAGUACAGGAAACGUCAUAUUUGUCAUAUGGUAGCAGAACGGGCUGCAACAUCCUGAGCCAGUUUAAGUCGUCGAACAUGAUGUAUGUUUACGGCAACAGAAAUCCGAACAGUAUGCGCAAGUAUACGUAUUUGACGAGCAUGAUGUUUAAGAUACGACAACAGAAAUGAACAGAUUUUGAGCAAGUGCAGCAAGUAGUUUGCUAGCGCGAUGCUGCAAUAGAACUAAAUCAGGUAUUUUUUGACGGAUCUACCACACCCCUUUUUUACGCUGUUAGUGUUUUUUUUUGCAACGAUAGCACGCUGAAUUUUUCUGGACUCCCUGCGGGCCAUCGUUUUCGCCUUUUCAAGACGUCAGCGGGGAGAAACUGCAGCAAAGGAGCAGCACCACGAGUGAAAGGCAUAAAAAGCUCGCACUUUUCUUCGUUUAUUUUUGUCUUGUCCUCUUAACCUUUUCACGACCUGAGAUUUGUCUUAAGGUCAAAACUGUCAUGCUCUUUGUGAGCUCGACCACCCGCGGCCCGUCACAGGACUAUAAAUCUAGAGCGUAGGCGCACAGUUGCGUCAAGAUCUUUCUAGAGCAAAGCUACUAGUCCGAAGAGAGCCAGUAAGCUGAGAGUUUUAGCAACAGGCCGAGGAAUUUAAGCCCCUAGUUUUGUUUGUGUUAGAUUAUUAUCCUCGUAAGUCUUUCCACACUAGCUUUUAUUUUUGUAAGAGCUCUCACACUGAGAAAAAAAUCAGAAGAUUUUGAGACGCCUCUUGGACUUUCUCCAAGAAACAUCGGAAAUCGGAAAGCGGUCCAGCAGCUCACCAAUGUACAACCCAUGUAGUUCAUCAGCCGGCAACCGGCAAUGAUUUGUUUGGAUGGUCAAUGUUGACCGCAAGAAAAUAUCGCAAACUGCAACACGAACAGGAGUGCAGCGCUGUGGAGAUAUUUUAGGAAGGAAGAGAAAAUAAAAUCCUUGCGGAAACAAAUAAA